AAGGAUGUCCCCAUAAAACUACCAGCACAUUUAAACACAAUACACACACUUAACAGAGACAGAGCAGUUUCAUUUCUCAAGAUGACUAAUUCACAACGAAAUACCAUGUACUUCUUCGUCCUCACUGCUCUGCUGUUUGUAGGAAGCAGUGUGUCAUCGAAAGUUGAAGGCUCUUUGCUCUCUGAGGUCUUUGAGAACCAAGUGAAAGAUGUUGAUGCUCUGCACAACAUGUCCAAGAAACCAAGCCUCCAACCCAAAGAAAGCACACCACUGAUAGAGACAUACAUCCUGAGGAAAGGUGACCAAGUGUGUGCGAUGGCCAGGCUUGGUGUGGUGUUUGUGGUAAAAGAGAAAGAGAAAACAUUGUAUUUCAACAUUGAGCCCAAAUCCACCAGGACCACCGGAUACUGUACUGACCAGAAAGCUAUCCUCUCUCUUGAGUUUGAUGGAGGAAACCUGGAAUUUACUUUCAUUAAGAAUAGUAAUCAGUCAUAUGUGAGCACGAUGAGAGCUCUGCUGGAGCCUGAGCCUUUCUGUAAACAAUGCAAAGGUAAAAGCUACACUGGCAUAUUGGACCAUGAGAAGCUCUUUAAGACCACCCAGGGCAAGAGCUUCAAGUGCCAGUCAAAGACUUCCCUGAAGAUGGCUGAAAACCUGAAGAUUAAACUAAUCCCUCUGCAGAUUCAAGCUUUUGACCUUCCCAUGAACAAUUUUGGAAAAGAGACAGAGUGUUGGGCCGACUACACCAAAAGGAUCAUGCCCAUUGUGGUGGGUGCUGUAGUCGCAGGAAUAAUCCUCAUUGCCAUUCUGGUGUUUGUGCUCAAGCGUGAACGCCGUGGUCAUGGCUAUGAACAACUCUAAGUGUCAACAUCAUAAAAAAACCUCAAUUAACGACACUGUUUUACACCAUAAAGUAUCUAAAACCAGCCUGUUAAGAUACCCGGCAUGAUUACACCUUCAGAAUGUUCAGCAUCUAUCAGCCAUCAUAUGCUAAAAUACAUGUUUAAAAAAUGUUUACAAAUUUUCACCAUUCAGAAAGCUACAUGUGAGUCUUUAUGUAUUGUCUGUGUGAAUAUAGGACUCAUAUGAGUUUACUUUUCCAUGUAAUUAUAUGCAAUAAAAUACAGAGGAAUUGUAUAA